AUGAACCAUUCACCACCACCACCACCCGAUAACCCCAAACACGACUUGCUCGCUACCACCAACACCAUCCAUGCCGAUAGACCAGACAAUUCACCAUUGCUUAAGGCUGAUGCAUCUCACGAGUCUAUUUACAAAAUGGAGCGAUCGUAUUCUGAAAUGUCAAUUGAGCGAGUACUACCACCCUCAUCGGCACUGGCGCCGACACCCCGAGAUACCGACACUGAACCUAUUGCGAGUGAUGAAGACGAAGAGGAGGAGGAUGAAGAGGAUGAAGAGGAAGAACUGCAAUCGAUGAUGGCAAACGAAUCCACCACGUCAGAAAAGAUCAAGGAGAUGUUUGGGUUACCAAUGCACGAGCCGUUGCUGGGAGAAUUUCCAUGUUAUCUACUCAGAUUGGUUACUUUACCGGGAUGGUUGUACCUGACGACCCAUAAUUUGUGUUUCUAUGCGUCAUUACCCAGCAAAGAGGAUGGACCAAGAAAGUCGGGCUACCUCUACAAGAAGAAUCACCGGGCAUCUCCACUAUCCUCCCGAUAUUACUUUCAAUUGCGCAACCAUGUACUAUCAUGGUACGAUUCGGCAGAGAAUACAUAUGAACCCUUAGGCAGCAUCCAUUUACGACAUGCAACCGAUAUACGUGAAUCUCGAACGCGAUCAUUUGCUUUUCAAAUUGUCGGCAAACGACGUCGUUGUAUGCUCAUUGCUGAUUCCAAGGUUUCUCAAAAAGAGUGGAUGGAUGAUCUAAGACGAGCUAUAUUCAUGGCAAGGAAUUCGGGGAAUAGCGUUCGUAUUGUGCUUCCAUUUAACAAGAUGGCCAAGGUGAACAAGACAGCUGCCUUUCGAUUUGCAGAGUACAUCCGAAUCAAAGUUGCUCAAGUGAAUGAUGCUGAGGAUACCAGUGAUGAGUAUUACUUUGCUUACUUUGCUGAUAUCAAUGACGCCUUUGGAAAAAUCGAGAAGCAAUGGCACAAGGAACGCUUGUUGGAUCACAAUUCAGAAUCAACCUUGAAUACGAUGAGAUCCAGCGAAGAUGGCAAUCAUUUUGAUGCAGCAGCUUUCCAGAAUGCGUUUGGCAACACAUCCUCUGGUGUAUCAGCCAUGUUAAUUGGUGCCCUUGUGCAAGCCAAGUCAUUGGGAAACAACAACACUACCGAAUCAGAUACAAGCACGCAUUCUCGUAGUAGCAGCACAAUGACCAGUGAUGAUUUCAAAAAUGCAUUGUCACCACCAUCUCAGGAGAAUAAGAACAAACAGCGCAACUCGUGGACAUUUGGAUGGUUUUCUUCGCCACAAUCACCCACUUCUCCUGAACCUGAAAAUGAUACUACUACGGCUCCAUCACAUAAUGGCACUCCACUACCACCACCAAUACCAUCAUCAAAGCCCAGUAUACCCACACUCGAUAUCGCAGCUGCUAGGCAGGAAGAGAAUGGGUCUCCAGUAUCACCCAAAAAGAAGGGAGGACGUUUUCGAAGCUCAUCCACAGCAUCUAUUCGACAACUAGCACGUCAAUCGUUAGGAUUCACAUCGCCAACAUCAUCAACCACUGGUAGUCCUCGUAGCGAAGCUGAACAUCAACAUCAUCUUCUUUCACCCAACACGCUUCUUGAGAAAUCAAAACCACCUGCUCCUCCUACCACGAGCGAUGUCACAGUCAAUGCUCAGAUACGUCGUCCUCGAUCAAGCAGUUUUCGAGGUCUUAUCAAGCACGCUAGAAAACAUUCACAAGACAGCAAUCAUCAUCAUCAUCACCCAUCUCCUAUAUCGAGGAACUUAUCAUGGUGGAUCAACAAGCCUUAUCGUCAUGCUUUGCAGCAAGCAGAUGUAGCAGUCAAUGAUCUUGAUGCCGAUGAUCAUGAGCAACAAGCGUUAGCCAACGAGCAGCUGCAUAAAACAUUUCCUAUGCUGGGUGAUUCCGAAAAUGUAUUGGCAGUAUUCAACUCUGCAUUCUGGCGCACUUUACCUUACUAUGGGCGUUUGUAUUUUAGUCAGCAUUACAUUUGCUUUCAUUCGGGUGUAUUGGGUGGACGACAAAAGCUGGCAAUCCCUAUUGCAGAUAUUACUCAUAUGCGCCGACUCAAGAGUCGUGGUUAUUAUUUGCUCCAUGGCAUUGGUAUCAUCACCAAGGACAUGCCUGAAGAGAUUUACUUUGAGUUUUCCUCCGUUGAUAUGCGAGACCGUUGCUAUGCACUCUUUUACAUGAUCAAUACCGAUCAACAGGAUGGCGAAAAUGCUUCAUUUGCUCGUCCAAAGUCCAUCAAGCUGAGUGAUAUUCUUGCCAAUGCUACAGAGCAUGCGCUACCACCCGUAGAAUAUGGUGGGCCUCCAUUGUUAUCGACCUUGUCCUCCACUGAACCUCUUUUGGAACAAAAGAGCAUGCCGCGGAAAAGUAUGCACAUUACUUGCUUGACCAUUGGAUCCCGAGGAGACGUUCAACCCUACAUUGCCUUAUGCAAGCAGCUGAUAAAAGAUGGCCAUCAAUGUCGUAUUGCUUCACAUGGUGAAUACAAGUCGUGGGUCGAGGAACAUGGUAUCGAGUUUCGAUCCAUUGGUGGUGAUCCAGGAGAGCUUAUGAAACUAUGCAUUGAUAAUGGGUUCUUAUCGUAUUCCUUCAUCAAGGAUGGUGUCAAGUUUUUUUACACGUGGUUUGAGACGCUUCUCAGUACAGCGUGGGAAGCCUGUCAAGGCACCGAUGUCUUAAUUGAGAGCCCGAGUGCGAUGGUGGGAAUACACAUGGCCGAGAAAUUAGGUAUCCCUUAUUUUCGAUCGAUGCCUUUUCCUUGGACACGCACGACACGCUUUCCUCAUCCAUUUGCCAUGCAAAAUUACUACACUGGGGGUCGAUUGCUGUAUAAUGAUAUGACGUAUGUCAUGAUUGAUAUGGCAUUAUGGACCGGUACGAGCAAAACGAUCAAUCGAUUUCGGCGCAAAGUGCUUGGAUUACCAGCCACCACCCUUGAAAAGCUUGAGCUUUGGCGAGUACCACAUAUCUACUCAUUUAGUCCCACGGUGCUACCACCACCCAAAGAUUGGCCCGAGUACAUGCAUUGCACAGGCUACUGGUUUCUGGACAAUCCCAAUGUAUCAUGGCAACCCAAGCCUUCUUUGGUGGAAUUUUUAAAGGCUGAGAAUGACCCACGGCCGAUUAUUUACAUUGGGUUUGGCUCUAUCAUUGUCCCUGAUCCUGAGGCUGUGAGUCGAGUGAUUGUGGAUGCAGUGCACAAGGCCAAUGUGCGUGCUAUUAUUUGCAAGGGGUGGUCAUCCAGAAUGAAAAACAGCAACAACAAGCAUGACCAUCAUGAUGAGGAUGAAAGCUCCGCUGUAUUGAAUCGAUAUCCAGAUACCAUUUACAAGAUUGACUCUAUACCUCACGACUGGCUAUUUCCACAAAUCCAAGGCGUGGUGCAUCAUGGUGGAGCAGGGACUACAGCAGCAGGACUGCGUGCGGGUUUACCUACUGUGAUCAAGCCAUUUUUUGGUGAUCAGCGGUUUUGGGGCCAGCGUGUGGAAGAACUUGGCGUGGGUGUAUGCCUAGUGAAGCUUACAGUGGACAAGUUGAGUGAUGCACUGAUGCUAGUCACACGCAACAAUGCAAUGAUCAGCAAGGCGAAUGUGUUGGGAGCUACGAUCCGACAGGAAAAUGGUGUCAAGACAGCAGUCGAAUGUAUCUAUCGAGAUUUAGACAUUGCCAAACGAACAAGGCAUCAUCAUCAACAACAACAAGAUGAAUAA